CUAUCCCAACGACUGCGCGUCCCAUACCUUCACGUACUACCCCCAACAUCCAUUCUCUUUGACUACAACAGCAACAUGUCCAAGUUCCAUCACUGCCCAGGUGUAUGGGGUGGUAAGCCUGGCAACUGUCGUAGACUCAUCAAGAAGUUUGGUGUCUCACACUGUCCUGUUCACCAGACUGUCUGCUCUACGCACAAGCGCAAGCAUCUAACUGAUGAGACGUGCCGCAAGUGUUAUCGUACCGCUACUCAAACUUCUGGCCCCGGUAAAAAGUCCAAUCGAUAGAGCUGGCCUUCACCAAAACUCGUCUGCUGAGCUGGACCACGACGGCUCCACUGAGCCUCAACUUUCUGGCACUGUCAGGGAGCCUCAAUCCGUGGAGUUGGCGGCAAGCGUUCCCAAGCUUUACUCCCUGAAAUGCGAUCCCUCGGUAAAGUUCUCGACAGGCAGGUCCUUCGCUAACGGAAACACGAAAGCCUCGGGCAACGGCAGUCCUUAUUCCAUGGUCUCUGAUAUCGCUCUCCUAACGUUUCCGGUCUUCCUCGUAUCGCGGGUGUAUGUUCCGUUUUACCCUUGCGCUACCUCAUUUCGACAUUCUGAUAUCGAAGUUGCUGUUUUCUUUCGGGCAUCUCAGCCUUCAAUUCGGCGUUAGGAGUUAUGGUUGUAAUCAUCUGGCUCUUCCAUGUAAAGGGCCGUUUUCAUAGGUGGACUGUUGGUUGUCAUGUCGUGUGUUCAAAAUCGGGUUCUAGAGCAGGAGCAAUGUUGAAGUUGACGAAUUAAAACUCUUUCCAAAAAUCGCUCGUGUGUGGUUCGUUCUUUCUUUGAGGUGCAGUUGCUCGUCAUCUUC